GGUGGCUAAAAAUACGCACAGUGCCGACGUCAGUGCCAUUUCAAUCUAUGGGGUCACAGGACAGCAGCAGUCGAUGGCAUUGGCAAAGUCGCCAAGAAGCGCGACGAGAUGACGUCGCCCGAACGGACUUGGCCAAACGCGACGUGGCGCCCUUGCAUCAGCUGCUGUGCAAAUGCACGUAUGAGGCGUGGAAACGGUCCAAGCGAUUGUCGUCGACGUUGCAAUCCGAGGUGAAAGAUGCGUGCGAACACGAAGGAAACAACUUGGAGUGUGAGGAACGCUUCAAAUCGUGGCUCAAGGCCAAACAAGCGAUGUCCAGUCGUCAGAACAAGGGUACUACCACCAAACCAAAUGUCCAAAGACCAGAACUUCCGCCGUUCAAGCCCCGGCUGCCACGUCAUUAUUCCUCGACAGCGCCGCCGAAGAAUGCGAAAGCACCCCACUGUACCGAACCACAGCCAAAAGAUUCCACCAAAGCCAACGCCGCGUACGGCAAGUGGCUGCGAAAGAAAGCGGCCGAGCACAUCGUCGCGAGACGACAAGCUAAAGCACAGGCGGACGCUCGAGAAAGUGCCAGGUACGCUUGUAGGCGCCAAGUACAUGCGAACACGUGGGUCAAGCAAGCCGUGGUGGUGCUAGCGUAUUCGUGUCCUGUGCAGCCGCGGCGACGCUAAGCCUAAUGAACGGGAUCAAAUAACGCUAUUUGACGCUGCCUAUGAUGAUCAUAACGUCAGGCUGCAUUGGUACUCCCUCGUGUAAGAUACAUGAAGGGUUUACAUACAACCUAGUUGUUCUACCAAUGUGAUGCCACAGUACGC